AUGCUGGAAACUGGUCAACCUUUACACAUUUAUGAUUACGACCAAUUACCUAGCCGAGAAAUUGUGGUCAGAAAAGUCUUAAAAGGAGAAAAUAUGACUAAUUUAAAGGGGCAAACCAUGAAAUUAAGUGAUGGAGACCUAGUGCUUUCGGCCGGAGAAGAAAUAAUUAAUUUAGCCGGGAUUAUUGGCAGCAAAACCACGGCAGUAAGCAGCAAAACCACUAAUAUUUUAAUUGAAAGUGCUUUUUUUGCCCCGGCUUUUAUAAAAAAAACCCGCCAGCGCUUAAAUUUUUCCACCCCCGCCAGUCAAUAUUUUAGUAAAAGUUACAAUUUGCCGUGGGGUAAUUAUGCCUUGCCAAGGGUUGUUGAAUUAAUUAAAGAAUUUUGCCCCCCGGCCGGGGAAAGCAAAAUACUCGGCUGGGCAAAAGAACCAACACCGGAAAAAAAAACCAUUUUGCUUAGUCAUGAAUUUAUAGAAAAAAAAUUAGGAGUUAAAUUAAGUUCAGAAAAAGUUGAAGAAGUUUUGCAAAAAAUGCGGUUUUCUUUUGAAAAAAGAUAA